UAAUUCAAUCCCCGUGGGACUCAGCUUCUGGCCUCACCCGUAGCUCAGCAGAUUGGCUGAUUGUCUCAGCUCGCCCCCGCCUUCCAAAGCCCCAGUGUCCCAGGUGGCUCAGGCCCCCUGUGGUGAUCUCUGUUUACCGAGAGAGCCCGUAAGUUGGGCUCCAUCUCUGCUCUGGCUCCCCUCUGGGGCCCCGCCCGCCUAGGAAUCGGGGAGAAACCGGGCCAAGCCAGUCCUCGCCCUUUCCUUCCCCGCAGCGACCGGGGAGGUCGGGUAAGGGACGGCGAUGACCCCUAAGCCGGCCGGACCCCCGGACGGGGGCUGGGGCUGGGUGGUGGCAGCCGCAGCCUUCGCGGUGAAUGGGCUCUCCUACGGGCUGUUACGUUCCCUGGGCCUUGUCCUCCCUGACCUCGCGGAGCAUUUUGACCGAAGCGCUCAGGAUACUGCGUGGGUCAGCGCUCUGGCCCUGGCCGUGCAGCAGGCAGCCAGCCCAGUGGGCAGUGCCCUGAGCACCCGCUGGGGAGCGCGCCCCGUGGUGAUGGUUGGGGGCGUCCUCACCUCGCUCGGCUUCGUCUUCUCCGCUUUCGCCCGCAGUCAGCUGCACCUCUACCUUGGCUUGGGCGUUUUCGCCGGCUCCGGCUGGGCCUUGGUGUUCGCCCCUGCCCUCGGGACCCUCUCCCGUUACUUCUCCCGCCGUCGAGUCUUGGCGGUGGGGCUGGCACUCACGGGCAAUGGGGCCUCCUCACUGCUCCUGGCGCCCACCUUGCAGCUCCUCCUUGAUACUUUCGGCUGGCGGGGCGCCCUGCUUCUCCUUGGCGCCAUUACCCUCCACCUCACCCCCUGUGGUGCCCUGCUGCGACCUCUGGCGCUCCCUGGAGACACCCCUUCCCCACCCCGCGGGCCCCUAGCUGCCCUAGGCCUGGAUCUCUUCAAACGCCGGGCCUUCUUAGUUUUUGCUCUGGGAACCGCCCUAGUGGGGGGCGGGUACUUCGUCCCCUACGUGCACUUGGCCCCUCAUGCUUUAGACCGGGGCCUGGGUGGGUAUGGGGCAGCGCUGGUGGUGGCAGUGGCCGCAGUGGGGGAUGCGGGCGCCCGGCUGGUCUGCGGGUGGCUGGCAGACCAGGGCUGGGCGCCCCUCCCGCGGCUGCUGAUGGUUUUUGCGGCUCUGACCGGGUUGGGGCUGCUGGCAGUGGGACUGGUGCCUGUAGUGGGGAGUGAGGAGGGCUGGGAGGGGGCCCUGCUAGCCGCGGCUGGAGCCUAUGGGCUGAGCGCAGGAAGUUACGCCCCACUGGUUUUCGGUGUGCUCCCAGGGCUAGUGGGCAUCGGAGGUGUUGUACAGGCCACAGGGCUGGUGAUGAUGCUGAUGAGCCUCGGGGGGCUUCUGGGCCCUCCCCUGUCAGGGUUCCUAAGGGAUGAGACAGGAGACUUCACUGCCUCCUUCCUCGUGUGCGGCUCUUUCAUCCUCUUGGGCAGCUUCAUCUACAUGGGGCUGCCCCGGGCACUGCCAUCCUGCCGGCCAGCCUCACCUCCAGCCACCCCUCCACCUGAGAUGGGGGAGCUGCUUCCAGUUCCUCAGGUUGCCUUGCUCCCCUCCGGAGGCCCUCACUCCAGUCUGGACACCACUUGUUGACCAUUUUCUUGUUCGA